AAACUACCUCCGAAUUGCCGCCACACCCCAACUCUGAACUCUCUCUCUCUCUCUCCCUCCCUCCCUCCCUCCCUCCCUUUCUCUUUCUCUGAGUUCGAUAGUAGAUGCAGUGCUAGCCUAUCUGGUUGUAUUUCUCAUUGCUCUUUCUUACUAGAAGAAUUCCUUUUGGCCUUCUCUGCUUCUAAAUAGCUGCGACGCACAGCAGGAGGUCCCAAGGAUGAGGGAGAUUGUAACUAUCCAAGUUGGUGGCUUCGCCAACUUUAUUGGUUCCCAUUUUUGGAACUUUCAGGAUGAAUUGAUUGGCUUAGCUGAUGAACCUCAUGGAGAUGCCAUAUUCAAAGAUUCAGGUCUGGACAUGGAUGUCUUUUAUCGUUCUGGUGAAACACAGCAGGGUUUCCUCACAUACACUCCUCGAUUGUUAUCUGUUGAUUUACCAGGGUCCCUAGGUUCCCUGCAGUCUUCUGGUUCGCUUUAUGAAGGUCCUUCAGUUCACGAUACCACUGAAAUUGCCACUUGGACAGGCAGUGUUACAAAAAUAGUGUCAGAACCUCACAAGAAAAAUCUGUUUCUACAAAGCUUAGAGGAGGAAGAGAAAGAUAUAUCCACCAAUUUCGGAAGCAAUUCAGUACCAAAGAAUGGCAAUGGAGUCAUACAACAAGAGAGAGAUAAAGAUCGUGUCGAGUGUCUGCAGAAAUGCGUUCAGUUCUGGACAGAUUUUGCUAAAGUACAUUAUCAUCCUCGGAGUCUAUAUGAACUUACUGGCUUAUGGAGCGACAAACAAGAAUUCAAUAACUUUGGAAGUGGAAGGGAUGUUUUCUCAAGAAGCCUACAUGGUGAAGAGAUGAGCGAAAGCCUUCGUUUUUUUGUUGAAGAAUGUGACCAUAUACAGGGUUUCCAAUUUAUAGUUGAUGACUCAGGAGGCUUUUCCAAUGUUGCUACAGAUUUCUUGGAGAAUAUUUCAGAUGAGUACACAAGCACACCUGUAUUGCUUUAUGCUGCCAGAGGUCCAGGAAACUAUACAAAUAUCCUAGGACAACAUGCUCGUACCUUGAGAGCACUCCAUGAUUCCGUCUCCUUCUCAAGGCUCUCAUCUUUUUGUAAAUUGAUGGUGCCAAUUGGAUUGCCUUCUCUUAGUAAGGUAUCUGCUCACCUCUGUGUUGAUGAUGAAAUGCCGUUCCAUUCUAGCGCGGUUUAUGCUGCUGGGCUUCAUUCAAUAUCACUUCCAUUUAGAAUGUCUACUCUAGGACCAGCUACUCACUCAGAAUCUACCUUUGGGGCUCUCGAUGUUGCUACGUUUACACAAUUGCUAGCAGAUCAAGCUAGGCAAAAUAUGGUUUCAGUUCUGGAUAUAGCCAUGCCUGCUCCACCUCUGCCAGGUGAGCAAAAUCAGAGAUUUGUACAGAGGAGCUUGCAUCCAUUAACACCUGACGUCAAGGAGGAAGCUGAUGAUGAUGCUCAUGGAAUUGAAUCCACUGUCAUUCAUGGAGCCCUUCGUCAAGGGGGUACAAGGGCUUCAAUUACAGAAGUCAAGGAGGCAUUCUGUCUUGAUUAUCAGAAUUGUAAAUCUUUACCUCUUUUCUCGAAUAUUUCAAUAGCUCUCUGCCCUCUUCCUUUGCCUCUACCUUUCCCUCGACUUUUCCAGAAUACACUUGGUCAGCAUGGGGAAAUCACAAUGAAUCCGACAGCUUCGGGGGCAUUGGGUUCCCUGGAUGUUUUCUCAAUACCUAUGGCAGCAAGGCUGCGUUCAAGCAAUGCCAUCUUACCGUUCAUUGAGAAACGACUUCUUGAUUUUCGAAGGUAUGGUAUGGCCAGAGGAUCUUUGGGUAGCCAGCUGCUCCAAAGCUGGGGGUUCCAGAGAGAUGAACUAGAAGAUAUGGCAGAAUCCCAAGCAAAUAUGGUGCAGCUCCUAGGAGGUGGGUCAGAGGGAUCAUCUGAUUCUGAUUGACAAUGUUGGAUAUCCUUCAUAUUUGGAAGCAAAAUUGUAAUGUUUUGUUGAAUAUUUUAAGCUCUGUCUAACAAGUAGUAGUCUUCUUCUUC